UCAAACCGGCCAAUUUUGGUUGGCCAGCCGCUGCGAGGAACGGCCCACCAUAGUCUAAUUGUCAAUUGUCAGUCGUCAACCUCUUUACUCGCCCAAAUCCCUCCCUCUUUCAACGGUAUACUCACAGAGCCACCACCUCGAAACGCCGUCGUUCAUUGCUCCAAUGGCCGACCUAAACCCUAACCAUUCUUCUUCUAUUUAUCCAAAUACCGGCUUCUGCUCCAAAACCAUGAUCUACCACAGCCUCCGCCCCCACCCUCCCCUCCCCCCGGAAACCGCUCCUAUCUCCCUCUCUGACUACGUUUUUUCCCACCUUUCUACCUCCUCCGCGCCAGAAACCGCCGCCGCCUUCAUCGACGCCACCACCGGCCGCAGCAUUUCCUUUUCACAGCUUGUCCGCUUCUCCGAAACCCUAGCCGCCUCGCUCCAACGCCGGCUUGGCCUCACCAGAGGCGACUCUGCCUUGGUCAUCUCCCCAAAUUCGCUUCAUGUGCCGGUUCUCUACUUCGCUCUCUUCUCCCUCGGCGUCAUCGUCUCUCCUUCGAAUCCGGCGAGUACUGAGUCCGAGAUUUCCCGCCAAAUCGAGCUAUGCAAGCCGGUCAUUGCCUUCGCGACUUCUUCUACCGCUCACAAGGUUCCAUCCCUGAAAUUCUCGACCGUGGUUCUCGACUCGCCGGAGUUUCACUCGAUGAUGACAGUUGGGACUGGGAAUCUCCGCCGAGUUCGCGUUUCGCAGUCCGAUCCUGCAAUGAUUCUUUACUCUUCGGGGACAACGGGGCGGGUGAAGGGCGUGGUGCUGACUCACCGGAACUGGAUAUCCGCGGUGGCGGGAGCGAAUGUGCUUCGACAGGAGAGGGCGUCGCCGACGGUGACGAUGUGUACGGUACCUUACUUUCAUGUGUACGGAUGUGGACUUUGUAUGAGGGCGGUGGCGUUAGGGCAGAGCGUGGUAGCGAUAGAGAGAUUGAAUGUGCGGUCGUUGAUGUCGGCUGUUCAGGAGUUUAGGGUUACGCACUUGGCUGUGGCGCCGCCGGUGAUUGUGAUGAUGGCAAACGGCGGCGAUUUAGUGGACGGUUGUGAUUUGAGGUCAUUGGAAGCGGUGCUCUGUGGAGGAGCUCCGGUUAGUACGGCGGUGAUCGAGAGGUUCACGAAGCGGUUUCCGAACGUGCAGGUGACGCAGGCCUAUGGGUUGACUGAAACAACAGGGGGAAUCUCUAGAACAGUAGGUCUGGAAGAAAGCCAAAGACUAGGCGCAUCAGGGCGUCUUAUCCCAUAUUGCCAAGCUAAGAUUGUUGAUCCUGAUACUGGCAUUGCAUUGCCUCCCUUGAGGACAGGGGAGCUUUGGGUUAGAGGUCCAUCCAUUAUGAAGGGUUAUGUUGGCAAUGAAGAAGCAACAGCUGAAAUUCUGGAUUCUGAGGGAUGGUUAAGAACAGGAGAUAUUUGUCAUUUUGACAGAGACGGCUUCAUAUAUGUUGUGGAUAGGAUUAAGGAAUUGAUCAAAUACAAAGGCUACCAGGUUGCCCCUGCAGAGUUGGAACAUCUGCUUCACUCGCAUCCGGAUACUGUAGAAGCAGCUGUGAUUCCGUACCCUGAUGCGCAAGCUGGUCAAGUACCCAUGGCAUUUGUGGUGAAGCGCCCCCAAAGCACCAUUGAUGAAUCAGAGAUCAUGGAUUUCAUUGCCAAACAGGUGGCCCCGUACAAGAAAAUUAGACGGGUAUCCUUCAUUAAUUCAAUUCCGAAGAAUGCUACUGGUAAGGUGUUGAGAAAGGACUUAAUCAAGCUUGCAUCAUCAAGAAGUGGCUGUUCCAAGUUAUGAUUCCUAUUUGUUGUAUUGUAUUUGUAAUGUCAUUCAUUUAUGAGUACACAUCUGCAAUAAGAGAACCAAGAUGAAUGUGUCCAUUGUUCCCUUUAGGGGUGUUAA